AUGACUAUCAGCGGACAAGACGCCAUUCCUACUCGCGAGUCUGCAACUGAUCCGCAGAAGGUCUUUCACUUCACGGACCUGCAGAGGACGAAUCCUACUCGGGAAAAUGACCCCUAUGAGUAUCAGGCUGGGUUCGGCAACCGCCAUCAGUCCGAGGUAAUCCCCGGAGCUCUCCCCCACGGCCAGAACAACCCCCAGGACAGAGGCUUCGGUCUGUACACUGAAGGUAUUACCUACUCUGCAUUUGCAGCACCUCGUGCGAUCAACUCAAGCACCUACAUGUACCGGGCGCGGCCAUCUGCCGCUCACCAAGGCUACAUCAACAUUGAAAGCAAGUCUCACAUUGAAAACUGCUUCCUCACUCUGAACCCUGCUGUGGAGGCACUCCCCGAACAAGCCGAGUGGUCGCCAUUUCCUCUGCCCCUUGACAAUGAGAGAGUUGAUUUUACCGAUGGUCUGCACACCUUGGGAGGCAGCGGUGACCCUAAUCUGCGACAGGGCAUCGCUGCCUACGUUUACAUGAUUAACGUCUCCAUGGAAAACAAGGCGUACUGCAACACAGAUGGUGACUGGCUCAUCACUCCGCAGCUCGGCAUCUUGGAUAUCCAGACCGAGUUGGGCAUGCUGUUUGUCCAGCCCGGCGAGAUCUGCGUGAUUCCGCGGGGUAUUCGCUUCAAAAUCAAUCUUGCCCCCGGCGUCUCGGUUGCACGUGGUCAUAUCGCUGAGAUCUGGGGCUCAGCUUGGGAGCUUCCUGACCUUGGUCCCCUCGGAGGUCACGGAUUGGCCAACCCGCGCGACUUCCUGUACCCUAUUGCGCACAUUGACGAGGAUCUCCACACUGAAUUUACCAUUGUUGUCAAGAACAACGGCAAGCAGGUAGCAAUUAAGCAGGAUCACAGCCCUUUCGAUGUCGUUGCAUGGCAUGGAAACUGUGUCCCUUAUAAGUACGACUUGACCAAAUUCGUUGCUCAAAACACCGCGACCGUCGAUCACACCGACCCGAGCAUUAAUACCGUACUUACAGCGAGGUCUGUCGACCCUCAUGUACCGUUGGCUGAUUACCUUUGGUUCGGGCCCCGCUGGGAUGUUGCUAGCAACACCUUCAGACCUCCCUAUUUCCAUCGCAAUAGCGCAACAGAGCUCCUGGCCUGUGUCUAUGGCGCUGGCCUUGGCCGUUCAGAUGAGUUCCAGCCGGGUGGCUGCAGCUAUGAGGGCGGGCAUACCCCUCAUGGAGGCUUCUCGGAUGAGUAUCUUCUUGAAACACCACUCCAGGUGAAUCAGCCGAGGAGGAUCCUUGAGAACCAGAUGACGUUCAUGCUCGAGUCUUCACGCACAUUCCUCUUCACAGAGUACGCGCGAAAGAUAUGUGGUGUCAUCCACACUCAGGGCACCGAUCCCAAAGUCUGGGACAGGCUGCCUGACCGCUUCUCGGCACACCCUCUCACCAAAGAGAUUCUGGCUAGGGUUGCCGAGGAUAAGGCCAACCUCAAAAAGGCCAAAGACUAUUAUCACAAUCUCAACUUGCGCACAUAG